AUGCCCCCCUCACGACCCCAAGCAGCAAUGAGAAUCCACCGACCCCAUCGGCGCCGACAGGACCCCGUCAUCCCUCCGGCCCCUCCGAAGAGGGAAGACGUCGAGCGUUCUCGCCUCCUAGCCCAGUUGGAGAGGGAGAAACGCCGUGUGGCAUCUCUCGACGCAGACUUCCGCUCCAUCGGCAAGAGACAGGAGGAGAUCCGUCGUCGUGCUCGGCCGACAUUGCCGCUGUCGUGGCUCCCCCCUGCUCCAGCCACGCAUGAGGCGUGUGGUCACACCGCAGAUGGCGUCAACGGCACCACCACCAACGGGGACCCCGAGAAUGUCGUCAACGGUGCCAAUGGAAGCAACACUGAGCAGCGCGCGCCAGUGAGGAGCAACAGCACCGCGAUCAGAAGUAACAGCAUCACACGGCGGGAUCAAGACCUCGACGCGCACACGCAACUCGCCCUCGCGAGACUUGACGAGACGGCAGCCCAGAGACGUAUCGAGCGAGCCGAGAGGCUGAUCAAGAUCCAGACUGUUGAGGGGUUGUUGGCGAGGCUAGUCCCGGAGGGUGGAGAGGAGGGAUACGACCAGGGGAGUGAGCCGAGCGAGUCUGUUCUUACGGCAUAG